AUGUCGUACUACGGCGGUUACGGUAGUUGCAAUGGUGGAAUCCUGGGAUCAGUUCUCGGAAUGGCCGGUGGAUACGGUGGUGGGGGUUACGGUGGAUAUGGACGGUGUGGAGCGGAUAAUAUAUUCUACAGAUGGCGUUGUUGUGACUACAGUCCUUAUGAGUGUUGUAUUCAAUUGGAGACUUGGGUUGUUGUCUUCCUUGUUAUCUUCAUCAUCGGAUUCUUUGUUUGUCUAUGCGCAUGUCUAGCUGGAUGUGUGUGGUCGGCUCGUAACCGUCAGUGA